AUGGAGCACCAAGCUCUUGAGGUGGAGGGGCAGAGCCUCGAUCAAAAUGAUCAAUCACAAAACAAGCUACAAAGGAGCUCAUUCCUACAUGCAACAUUCAACAGUGUCAGUGCCAUACUUGGGAUUUCUUUCCUCACCACACCCUACGCUCUCGAGCAAGGUGGCUGGCUGGGUUUGAGCAUCCUGUUCGCGUUUUCAGUGAUAUGCUGCUAUACUGCCUAUGUUCUUGGUCGCUGCCUCACCCCAAAUGGAUCAUACAACACAAUUGCCGAGACUGCCUUCGGUUCCAGAGCUCGCCUUCCCUUCACCUUGCUGGUUCAAUUCGAGAUGAUAGCAGUGUUGGUGGGCUACACGAUUUCCAUGGGUGACAAUCUUGCCAGGCUAUUCCCUCAUGCUACUCUUCGGAUCUCAGCUCUUGAGAUUGGCCCUUCCAAGGUGCUGCUUUUCAUAGCGUUCCUCGUUGUUCUUCCAACAGUCUGGCUGAGAAACUUGGCAUGGAUAUCGUAUCUAUCUCUAUUUGGUAUUGUUACGUACAUGAUCAUCACGGUUACGAUGAUUUAUGCCGGAGCUGGAUUAGGUAUCGGGUUUCACCACUCCGUUCCACACUUGAGACCGGAAAACUUGCUCAACAUCGCGGGAAUCUAUGCCUACUGUUUUGCGGCUCACUGUGCUCUUCCUAGUGUUUAUACGUCGCUCAAGAAUCCCUCCAACUAUGCAAAGGUUUUAUUUUUAUCGACUGACAUGGAGAUGUAA